AUGAAUGGACAAUUUUGGCUUGCUCUUGUGGACACCGCCGAUAUGGUCGGUUUCACUCUUACGUUUUCUGUGAACAUCAUUCUUCUCGGAUUGAUAAGAACUCGUGGAAAGCACCUGGGGACUUAUAAGUAUCUGAUGAGCUUCUUUUCCUUCUUCUCAAUGUUCUACGCUAUCGUGGAGUCGAUAUUGGGGCCAAUAAUGCACAUCGAGAACGCCACUUUCUUCCUCAUCUCUCGUAAACGAUUCGACUAUUCCACUCGCCUCGGAAAGAUCAAUUCUGCAUUCUACUGCGCCUGUUUUGCCACCAGCUUUGUUCUUUCCGCAGUUCAUUUCGUGUACCGCUAUUUUGCCGCGUGCAAACCCCAUCUUCUUCGUUAUUUCAAUCUUCCUCUUCUCUUGCUCUGGCCAUUAGGAUGUAGUAUUCCUGUGACCGCGUGGGCAGGUGUCUCUUACUUUUUGUAUCCGGACACUGAAUACACAGAAGCAGCAGUCACGUAUGAAGAAAACAUCCAAGCUAACCGAAAUCACGUUUUCAGAAAAGUACUUCAAACGCAUUACGAUGGAAUCAAAAAAGAAAAUGUUUCUUAUAUAGCUUACGUUUAUUAUCAAUACGAAGAUGGAGUGCGACAUGUGUACAUCAAAAACUUGUUAGGGUGCUUCGUGCAUUACUUCGUUAUGUCAAUGACGUUUGUCGUUGUUUUCUACUGCGGCUUCUCAACCUGGUGGACUAUCAGAGAGCAUCGUGGUGCUUCUGAUCGCACGCGUCAGCUUCAAAAUCAAUUGUUCAAUGCUCUCGUCCUACAGACACUCAUCCCUUCAAUCUUCAUGUACAUUCCAACUGGCGUCAUGUUCAUCGCUCCGUUCUUCGACGUCAACUUGAAUGCGAACGCGAAUUUCAUUGUUUUUUGCUCAUUCCUCUAUCCAGGACUGGACCCUCUCAUCUUGAUACUGAUCAUCCGAGAGUUCCGUCUGACAAUCUUUGGUAUCAUAAAAGGGAAACCUGGAAACAAUGCGGUCAUGGAUGUGCACACAAACUCGAGAGGAAAGGUUUCAUCGGUUCCUGUCAUUAAUCUUUCUGGAUAA